CACUGGUGUGCAGUCAUGUUGGAACAGGAAGGGGCCAUCCCCAAACUGUUCCCACAAAAUGAUGCGGUAAUCUAAAGGCCACAUGAAGUUUGGAUGUCUUUAGCCAUUGACUCUGCAGACAGUUAGCAACUUCUGCACACCGUGCGCUUCAGCAUGCGCUUUGUCCUUUUACAUGACCUACCACUUCGUGGUUGGGUUGCUGUUGUUCCCAGUUGCUUCCACUUUGUUAUAAUACCACUAACAGCUGAACGGGGAAUAUUUAGUAGCAAGGACAUUUUCACAGAUGGACUUUUUGCACAGUUGGCAAAGUAUCAAGGUAUCAAGGUACCACGCUUGAAUUCACUGAGCUCCUGAGAGCGACCCAUUCUUUCACAAAUGUUUGUAGAAGCAGUCUGCAU